UAUCGUAACGAUUUUAUCGGCAAGAGAUAACUGCAAAAAAUGAAUCAUUUCAUAUUCGUAGGUAUUACUAACCGUUAAAUUGAUGACCCAAGGCAUUCUGAAUAAAAUUGUUGUGCGACUCGGUUCUCCUCGUAUUACAUCAUGGGUUUUAUUCAUGGAGAAAGUUACAUAAUCACAAGCGCUUUUGAUGGAUGCGUUUUUGAUGUGAAGAAGAAACGGAGAAAUAAUGGUGCCAAAGUUCUCUCUUGGAAUUGGAGUGGCGAAUCCCAUCAAAUCUGGACAGCUAGCAGCGAAAGUGGAGGAUUCCGCCUACAGGCAUCUCACGUCACUGACAAUCUGAAAGUGUUGGAUCAGGAACAUGGAUCCAGUAGGCUCAUCAUUUUUGAUUUCCAAGGCGGUGAUAACCAACUAUGGAACGCAUUCCCUGUAGCCCAUAAUCCUGGUGCAUUUUUCAUACAAAAUGUACGAAGCGGUCUCACUAUUCGUAAUAACGGUCGCGGAAAUAAUUUGGAAUGUACCGCCUUUAAUGAACACGAUCCCAACUCUCACUGGAGACUAACGCCGCUAUCUUCUUUGUGAUAACGUUAUUUUAUCGAUGAAUUUUGUUUGGAUAUCCUAGAGAAUUGGAUUGAUUUGAAUAAACUAAACGAAAUGUUUGUUACGCAAAA